GAGCCCUCUACAGGGAUGUCAUGCAGGAGAACUAUGAGAACGUGACCUCGCUGGAUCUCCAGGACUCAGAGGAAAGAAAGCUCUUGAUAGGCAGCUAUAUAGGUGAUGGGAUGGUGAGAGAGACCAUGGAGCAGAAUCCUCAGCAGGAAGAUGAUGAAGUGGAACCACAAGGGUCUUUAUUGCAAAGAUGCAAAGGGAGUGUGUCCAGGACUUGUGAGCAGGGAAAAGCCUAUGAGAGUCAGCACAGGCCAGAGAAGCAGCAGGGAAACCAGCCAAUGAAGAAAGUUGGUAAAUCUGUUAAUGAUCAGGGAACUCACAAAGGCCACAAGGAAACCACGUCGCAGCAGAGAAUCCCCAUGGGAGAGAGAAAUAACGCACGUGUUGAGUGUGGGAAAAAGUUCAGUAGGCGGUCGCAUCUUGUUAAACAUGAGAGAAUCCAUAAAGGGGAGAAACCCUAUGAAUGCCGUGAGUGUGGGAAAACCUUCCCUCAGAGCUCAGCCCUGAUUAGCCAUCAGAGGAUCCACACUGGGGACAAACCAUAUGAAUGUUGUGAGUGCAGGAAAACCUUCCUUCAGCACUUUGACCUUAUCAGACAUCAGAGGAUCCACACAGGUGAGCAACCCUAUAAAUGCAGUGAGUGUGGGAAAACCUUCACUGAGCGCUCGAGCCUCAUUGACCAUCAGCGAAUCCACAGAGGGGAGAAACCCUAUGGAUGCUGUGAGUGUGGGAAAACCUUCUCUCAGAGAUCAACCCUUACUAACCAUCAAAGGAUCCACACAGGGGAGAAACCCUAUGAAUGCUGUGAGUGUGGGAAAACUUUCACUGAGCGCUCAGCCCUUAUAAAGCAUCAGAGGAUCCAUACAUGGGAAAGGCCCUAUGAAUGCUGUGAGUGUGGGAAAACCUUCCCUCAGCACCCAGCCCUUAUAAGACAUCAGAAGAGCCACACCAGGAACAAACCAUAUGCAUGUUGUGAGUGCAGGAAAAUCUUCCUUCGGCAUUCUCACCUUAUUAAACAUCAGAGGAUCCACACACGGGAGAAACCCUAUGAAUGUUGUGAAUGUGGGAAAACUUUCUCUCGGAACUCAGCCCUUGUUUACCAUCAGAGGAUCCACACAGGGGAGAAACCCUAUGAAUGCCACGAGUGUUGGAAAAGCUUCGCUACCAGCUCAAACCUUGUUACACAUCAAAGGAUCCACACAGGGGAGAAACCCUACAAAUGCUGUGAGUGUGGGAAAACCUUCGCUCAGAGCUCAGCCUUAAUUAACCAUCAGAGGAUCCACACAGGGGAGAAACCCUAUGAAUGCUGUGAGUGUGGGAAAACUUUCACUGAGCGCUCAACCCUUAUUAAGCAUCAGAGGAUCCACACACGGAAAAGGCCCUAUGAGUGCAGAGAGUGUGGGAAAACCUUCCCUCAGUGCUCAGCCCUUAUUGGCCAUCAGAGGAUCCACACUGGGGACAAACCAUAUGAAUGUUAA